CGUCAGUCUCUCGCGGUCCUGCUCUCGGACCAGACCGGUCGGUCCCUCCGGACACACACUCGCAACCAUGGCCUGCCUUCUUCAGGUGCUGCUGGUGACCUUUGGCCUCGUGCUGUGGGUCGACGCCGGGUUCAUCACAAACGCCUUGUGUGCAGUGACCCGAAGUCUGGGGAGGUCAAUCGACGUCGGGGGUAUCUACUUGAGGUCGUUCCCUCUGGGCAGAUGCAACCCUGUCAACUUCAAUGAUGUUUUCUUCAAGGCGUACCCUCGAAAUUGCGCGUACCCUGGUUGCAGGUCGUCGAUCAACACGCCGCACCAGCUGCUAACUCUGGAGGACGACCCUGACGAACUGCGAUCCCUUUUCAACGCCAGCCUGCCCACCGCCAUAUACACGCACGGAUUCCUCGAGGGCGAAAAGGGCACCAGCAUCAGGGCGUUCCGCGCAGCUUUCCUUUACCGUGGCGACUACAAUUUCAUCGCCGUCGAUUGGCAAAAAUUGGCCGCCGGCCCAUGGUACCUGAGCGCGGCCAACAACGUGCGGCCAGUCGGAAUGGCCCUUGCCCAACUGAUUGACCGCCUGGUCAAUAUCAAAGCCAUUCGCCUAGACACGCUCCAUCUCAUCGGCUUCAGUUUGGGCGCACAUGUCACCGCAGUUGCUGCAAAGUACAUGACCGUCGGAAGGGUACCCAGGAUCACAGGCCUAGAUCCUGCAUAUCCCUUGUUUACUAGCCGCCCCAAAGCAGACAAAUUAGACCCAUCUGACGCCGAAUUUGUCGACGUGAUUCACACCUGUGGGGGUCUCUACGGCUACUCUCAACCCCUAGGCCACGUCGAUUUCUACCCAAACGGCGGUUCUUUUUUCCAGCCUGGGUGCGCCAACGUGAUUUCAUUUGGAACGUGCAGUCAUUGGAGGUCGUGGCGUUUCUUCGAGGAAUCUCUGCGGGGCGGAGAGUUCAUCGGGACCAAGUGCACCUCGUAUGAUGACUUCCUCAAUGCGAGGUGCAAAUACAACCAAAGAAAUCCAAUGGGGAUCCACACUAACAUGACUGCUCGGGGAAAUUUCUACCUGCGCACAAACUGGGCCGCGCCAUUUUCCGUGUUCUAGUUUCCUAUAAUUUUAGUUUUUAGACAAGUUUGCCAGAUUUAAUAAGUAAUUUGACUGCAUUUCUUGCCAAUGGCCUUUAUAACUUAGCUCACUCCUAUUAAUGAAAGGGUGUGGAAAUUUAUAAAAUUAUGUUCAAAUUGAGUUGCAAAAAUAAUUGUGGUAGAAUUGCACUUGAUGGCCUAAGUUCCACUAUUUAGUUCUAAUUUAUUCUCCAACGCUUAUUAGUUUUUAAGAGUCAAUUUGUACAAACGUCUGUAGAAUUGUAGUUUUGUGAGAAGCGAAAUAAAGACUUCAAACAUGUAUUAAUACGA